UGGCAGGCCCUCGGCUUGUGGGGAAAGGUGGACUUUGGCUCCAUCCGCGGCGCCCUGUCUGGCGAUGCGAGCCAAGUGGCCCCCACGACUUGCUCCCCAGAUCCUCAUCGUCGCGUCCCGGCUCUGACGGGAUGUGCAACUCCGAGAAGAAAGGGGUGGGGAGUCGGGACGGUUUGUCGAUAGCACAGCGGCUUUUGCUGAACUCCCACUACCCGGGAGCUCCGACCGCUGGGGAAGGCUGCCCUUGGCUGUGUAGCGGGCGGUCGCUGGGUUCCCUGCAUCCGCGGGGGCAGCGCCGAGAGGGUUCUUUGCUCUGUGAAGUCAUUGUUUGCCAGUCCUGAAGUGGCGCGGCGGACUCCUGGAAAGGUUUUCUGUCCUGGGCGCAAACAUGAAUGUUGGCGUUGCCCACAGUGAGGUGAAUCCGAAUACCCGUGUAAUGAACAGCCGUGGUAUGUGGCUGACAUAUGCAUUGGGAGUUGGCUUGCUUCACAUUGUUUUACUCAGUAUUCCCUUCUUCAGUGUUCCUGUUGCUUGGACCUUAACAAAUGUUAUACAUAAUCUGGGGAUGUAUGUAUUUUUGCAUGCGGUAAAAGGAACACCUUUUGAAACUCCCGACCAGGGUAAAGCAAGGCUCCUAACUCAUUGGGAACAACUGGACUAUGGAGUACAGUUUACAUCUUCACGGAAGUUUUUCACAAUUUCUCCAAUAAUUCUAUAUUUUCUGGCAAGUUUCUAUACGAAGUAUGAUACAACUCACUUCAUCCUAAACACAGCUUCUCUCCUGAGUGUGCUAAUUCCCAAAAUGCCACAGCUACAUGGUGUUCGGAUCUUUGGAAUUAAUAAGUAUUGAAAUGUUUUGAAAUGGAACAAAAAGUUUUACAGCUACUGAGUUUUCUGUAAGGAAGGAGUGGUUAGUAAACUGCAUAAUGUGAAAUGAGAGGUAGCUACAUUGGAAAGCCAGUUGCUAGUUCUUCCUAGGCUGUUUUGAAGUACAGAUUCUUACAGGAAGAUGCCUCUGUUUAAUGCAUCUUGUAUCUUUCUGAAGAGAGGCUUUAUGGGCAGGCUGGGCAGGCCCAGCUUAUAAGUUAAAUGGCUGUAAAGUAAGGGUGUAGUCGAUAAAUCCAAGGAAAUAGAGAUUUAUAAGAAACUAAGUCUGGCUUAGCUUAUAAUGAAUGGGCAUUAUGUUCAGAGAAGAAAAUUUUCAAUCAUUCAGUCAUGGUCAGUUUAAGCCGACUUACAUGUAAACCAGAAUCAUCUCUUUACAAGUUUAUUAUAAAUUGUUUUUACUACCAUACAUAUUCCUCUUGUGUUAUAUAAGAGGAUAUAUAUCCUUUGUGUUAAACAAACCAUUUCCUACCUUAUGAACUUUUUUGCUUUUGCAGGCUCAACAUUGUUUGAUAAAUGAGUUUAUUUUUACAUUUAUUACUGAGUUCAUGAAAGUCCACUUUCAUGACUGAUUGAUGAUAGAAGAUAGUCAGGCACCUUAGAAGCAGCCUCUGAGCUGGCCUUCUAAUUUUGGAACAGAGUGGGUUUUGCUGCCUUUCCAGAUACAAGGCUGCUAAACCAAUUAAAAUAAUUUAUUUUUCAUAAUUAAAGUAUAUGAUAACUUAAAAGUCUCUGCUUAUUUGGUGGAGCAAUUUAAUUGUUGCUGUCUGCCAUUCUUUAGUAAAGAAAAUUAAAAUGGACAACUACCUAGCCAACCUGUGAUCUGGCAGAAACUGCUUCUCUAGUAAUAGUAUCAAAGUAAAUAAUGGAGUUUUCUUGUAGCAGGUCUGCAGUAAAAGAUAACAUCAUCUUUUCUUAGUCCUCGUGCUCUCAAUCCCCAUCAUUUACCCAUUCAUAUUUGACCUUUCAAUAUGUGAGUCUUAGUGUAGAUAACUCAAAAUAGUUAUUUGGAAAUAACUAUUUCCAAAGCAGCAACCAUAUUGAAUUUUUGUCACAUAGAGAAGCUUUCUAUAGUUGCUAAUAUUAAUUCCAAGAAAUAACUAUAUACUACUUUGAGAAGUAAACAUGUCAAAAAAACUUUCUGAUAUGGAAUGAAACUGAAAAACCUAGUAACAUUUGUAAGCAAGAUUGAGUGAAAAGAAUUAUAAAACCAACUUAAAAGUCAGUUUGUUUCAAACUGACUCUUAGGGGUAAUGAUCUUUGUUUUGUAUUUUAAAAGUGUUGAGUUUAGAAAUCAGUUGUAUGAUAAUGCCUUUGUAUGUUUGUAUUUUUAAAUAACCAGUAAUCUAUACUUUAAUAAAAUUUUUCUUUGGUGUAAGGUUAUUGCAAAAGCUUUCUAAAUUCAGUCACUAGGUUAUGCUUAAGUUUUUUGAGUUUUAAGCAACUGAAUUUGUAAAACUGAAAGUGAAAGUGUUAGUGGCUCAGUGGUCUCUGACUUUUUGCAACCCUGUGGACUCUAGCCCAUCAGGUUCCUCUUUCCAUGGAAUUCUCCAGGCAAGAAUACUGGAGUGGGUAGCCAUUCCCUUCUCCAGGGGAUCUUCCCAACCCAGGGAUCAAACCUGGGUGUCCCACAUUGCAGGCAGAUUUUUUACCAUCUGAGCCACCAGGGAAGCCCUUGUAAAAUUAAGGCAGCUAAAAAGUAUUCUUUCAUUUUUCUUCAUUUUAAAGUUUAUCUCAAAAGGCUUAAACUUUUUUCCACAGACUUCAGAGACAGAAAUCUGCCUCUAAUAUAGGCCUUCUGUUGUUUCCUCUACUUUAGCCCUUCAGUGUGUUAAAAGAUACUUAUUAAAUAGAUAUUUGAAGGCC